UAUAUUUAUUUUUAAUGACUAUUUUUCUCCAAAUAAAUCCUCAAAAAAUUAAAGAGGAAUGGAAUGAUGAAGUUGUUAAUGAAGAAUUUGGAGAGAUUGAAGGAAGAGAAGAAGACUGGCAAUCUUCUUCCUCCAUUUUUCUUCCAAGGGUUUAUUCUAACGAUGCAAAAAUGGCAGCCAUAUUACUCUGUGAUGUUUUAGGUGUCCUUUGUAUUCUUCUAAAUGCUUUUGUAAUUAUUGCAUUAAUUCGAAAUCGUCGAAGAGUUUUAGUUAAUGUUUUUUAUGUUAUGGUACUUCAUUGUGCUAUUGUUGAUUUAAUUCGUGGCGGAUGUUUAAUUGCUUGGGGAAUGCCACAUUUAUUAGUGCAUACAAUGAGAUCUAUACAAGACAGACUUACUGCAUUAAAGGCAGGAUAAAGAUUUUAAUUUUAAAUAUUUUAAUGAAUUUAAAUAAAGAGAAAUUAAAUAAAAGGAGAAACUUCAAAAAAAGAAAUCCUAGCAUGAGCAAGUUAAUAGGAAUUACUCAAAAACCAAGUUCAGAAAUCUCAAAAACUGAGGUUUCUCU